AAGAAGGUCUAAAAAGAAAGAUCAAAUGCUAGGGCUUUGUUUAUUUAGUGUGAUCGUGUCAAGGAUUAUUUUGUGGCUCCCCAGCCCUAAACACUCAUCCGUCGAUCACAAUUAGAACGACCUCGAAAUCUAUCUUGAAUCGAACGAAGCUCCGGCGACCGUAAGAACUGGUACCUGGAACCUAGGGUUUAUCUACAGAUUAGGCAAUUGUAGGUGAUUUUUAUUGCAACUACAAUGGUCAGAGAAUUGUCAGAAUCGAGGCGUUCGAGAAGUAUCGACAGUAGGGACCGAGACGAUUCUCCGGCGGGGCGAGAGAGAUGGGAAGGAAAACACGAUGAUUCGGAAGAGAAGGAUCACAGGAGUAAGCAUCGGAGUAGUAAGAGCAGCCGAAUGAGGGAAGACAAGGAUCGUAGAAGUAAGGACCGGGAACGGUCGAAGGACCGAGAGAGGGAAGGCAAUGAUCGCGAAAAGGAUAGGAGUACUACGAAAGAUAAGAGGAGUGAGAGAGAUUAUGAUUUGGAGAAGUACAAGGAUAAGAGGAGCGAGAGAGAUAAAGACAGUAAGGAUCGAGGGAAGGAACGGGAUAGAGAGAGGGAUAGGGAGGCGGAGAAGGAUAAGGAGAGGGUGAAAGAGAAGAGCAGGGAAAGGGAGAAAGGGCGGGAAAAGGAGAGAGAUGCGGCGAAAUACAGGGACCGGGACAGGGAACGGAAAGGUGGUGAUAGAGAAAGCGAAAUCGACAAGGAUAGGGAUAGGGAUAGAGACACGGUUGAUCGAGAGAAGGGAAAGGGGAGGAGGGAGAAGGAGAGGGAGUUGGAUCAAGAUAAGGAGAGGUCUAGAGAAAGAGAUAAUAAAGCGGGUCGGAAACACCAAGAGGGUCAUGACAGGGGUAAGGAUGGAGGAAAAGAUGAUGGGUUGAAAUUGGACCGUGAAGGAGGUCAGAAUGGGGAUGUAACUAAUCAGAGGAAGAGUUCUCGUCAUGACGAGGAUGAAACCAGGUCCACUAAGUAUCAACAGAGUGCUGCUGGCCAAUUGGGUGGAUCAAACCUAUCAGCUUCGGAGGUUGAAGAUCGCAUUUCAAAGAUGAAGGAGGAAAGACUGCAGAAAAAAUCUGAAGGAGCUUCUGAAGUGCUCGCAUGGGUUAAUAGGAGCCGCAAAAUUGAGGAGAAAAAAAGUUAUGAGAAGGAGAAGGCCUUGCAGCUUUCAAAGAUUUUUGAGGAGCAGGACAAUAUCAAUCAGGGAGAACUCGAAGAUGAGGGUGUAGCCCAGCAUACUGCCCGAGACUUAGCUGGGGUUAAAGUUCUUCAUGGGCUUGACAAAGUAAUUGAAGGUGGUGCAGUUGUGUUGACACUCAAAGAUCAGAGCAUACUUGCUGAUGGUGACAUCAAUGAAGAGAUGGACAUGCUUGAAAAUGUGGAAAUUGGGGAGCAAAAGCAGAGAGAUGAGGCUUACAAGGCUGCAAAGAAGAAAACGGGAAUUUAUGUUGACAAGUUCAGCGAUGAGCCGGGUUCUGAAAGGAAAAUACUCCCACAGUACGAUGAUCCUAUUGUAGAUGAGGGGGUAACUCUGGAUGCAAGUGGACGUUUCACUGGUGAUGCAGAGAAGAAACUAGAGGAGCUCCGAAAAAGGAUACAUGGUGUUUCAGCAAACAUCCAUUUUGAAGACCUAAGUACUUCUGAUAAAAUCACAUCAUCGGAUUAUUACACUCAUGAAGAAAUGGUUCAGUUUAAAAAGCCCAAGAAAAAGAAAUCAUUGAGGAAAAAGGAGAAGAUAGACCUAGAUGCCCUUGAAGCGGAAGCUGUGUCUGCUGGAUUGGGAGUUGGGGAUCUUGGUUCACGGAAUGAUGGGAGGAGGAAGGCCAUUAAAGAGGAGCAAGAGAGAUUGGAGGCUGAAAUGAGAAGCAAUGCUUAUCAAGCCGCAUAUGCUAAAGCUGACGAGGCAUCCAAAGCACUGAGACUGCAGCAAACUAGCACUGUCAAAACAGAGGAUGAUGAUGAUACUCCAAUAUUUGGGGACGACGAUGAUCUCCAUAAAUCAUUAGAAAGAGCUAGAAAAUUAGCUCUCAAGAAGCAAGGUGAGGUGGCAGCAUCUGGUCCUCAGGCCAUUGCACUCCUGGCUGCUUCAACUGCUAGCCAUUCAACUGCAGAUGACCAAAACGCCACUUCUGGGGAGACGCAAGAAAACAAGGUUGUCUUCACGGAGAUGGAAGAGUUUGUGUGGGGUCUUCAACUUGAUGAAGAAGCUCAUAAGCCAGAUGGUGAAGAUGUCUUCAUGGAGGAGGAUAUAGCACCAAAAGCCCUGGAUCAAGAAACAAAAGAUGAGAAUGGUGGUUGGACAGAGGUAAAAGAUACUGACAAAGAGGAACACGCUGCUGAUGAUGACAAAGAGGAGAUACUUCCAGAUGAAACAAUUCAUGAAACAGCUGUAGGGAAGGGAUUAUCUGGUGCUCUUAAACUGCUUAAAGACCGAGGAACACUCAAAGAAACUGUUGAAUGGGGUGGCAGAAAUAUGGACAAGAAAAAGAGCAAGCUUGUUGGCAUAUAUGAGAACGAUGGACAAAAAGAGAUACGAAUUGAAAGGCUAGACGAGUUUGGACGACUUUUGACUCCAAAGGAAGCCUUCCGGUUGCUUUCACACAAAUUCCACGGGAAGGGGCCUGGGAAAACAAAACAAGAAAAGCGCAUACGUGAAUACCACGAGGAACUGAAGGUAAAGCAAAUGAAGAAUUCAGAUACACCAUCAGAGUCUGUGGAGAGGAUGAGGGAAGCUCAAGCUCGAUUAAAGACACCCUAUCUUGUUCUCAGUGGGAAUGUCAAACCAGGGCAAACAAGUGAUCCUAGCAGUGGUUUUGCAACUGUUGAGAAGGAUCUUCCUGGGGGAUUGACGCCCAUGCUUGGAGACAGAAAGGUUGAGCACUUCUUGGGAAUAAAGCGGAAGGGUGAGCCUGGAGAUAUGGGCCCGCCAAAGAAGCCUAAAAUGUAGACAUUCCUGCCAAGACGCGUGCGAGUUGGAAGGCAUUUAUUUUGAGUAGGAAAUGCGGGUGCACGGUUGCGUGAUUUCCCCAUGGCUGCAGUCUCGGGUUGGGUUGCACUAGGUUCUAAUUCAGUGUUCUCCCUGGAGCAUGCUCACCUUCUGCCAGUUUUCUGAUUAAUGUUCACGUAAAUGUACUUAUAUGAAGGAGAGAGUACUGAUUUAGUUUGGCCAAAUUUUUGUGCACGCAACUUCUGGAUAUAAUAUUACUCUUAAAAACAGACCCCGAAAGUGCAGUAUUCGGUGGGAUAUUGUCAUGUUUAGCAUGAGAGUUUCAAUAGACAAACAAGCUAAACUUUGACUUC